GCGAGUGAACGGUUACCCGUCUAUGCUCUCGUCUGUCCGUGCGCUCGUUCGUCGAUGUUCGCCGCGCGGCCGACCGCGAUCGACUCACGCGGCUCACGCCGCUGUAACAGUGACAAACUGCGCGAACUGACUACACUCUAUGGCAGUAUGAUCACCCGCGAACCUUAACGCGUCUGGCGUCGUAUGCGGUCGCAGGGUACCCGUGUAUAAAGUCGCGAAAAGCUCGCAGACACUUCAAGUUCACGUUCCUGUACCUGAAAUGGCGAGCUUCAGUAUUGCUGGGUCUCUGGGCUCCCUCUUUGUGGGCAUCUUGUUAUCUAACCUUCUAUAUGGCAUAACUUGUGCACAAACCCUAUACUACUUCUACCACUACCGUGAUGAUAGAUGGAUUUUGAAGACUUGGGUAGCGUAUAUAUGGCUUCUUGACACGGCUAAGCUCAUGACGGAAGCACACCAACUGUGGUUUUACUUCGUCGUGCGACAUGACAAUCUGUUCGGUUUGCUCCAGCUUGACUCGUUUGUGGGGGGUGAACAGAUACUAGAGGGGUUGUUGCAACUAACGGUACAAUGGUACUUUCUGCACAAGAUCUACCGGCUCCUCAGGACAACGCGUUCGAGAUUGUUCUUCGCAAUCCCAGCGGCAGCGUUCUUUGUGCUCUCAAUAGCUUCAACUAUAUGGACGGUGUAUAAUUGUUUCGCCCACCCCGAUAUUGGCGGCACCCUGACUAGCGAACUGGACGCGGCUGUUCUCCUACUCGUCGCAUCUGUGGUGACGGAUGUUUACAUCACGUUCGCGCUGUGCUACUGUCUACAACGAACCACGACUGCUUUCGACAGAACCAAACAUAUCAUGUCCCGGUUGGUCACUUACCUGGUCAAUCGAGGGGCACUGCUUUGCGUGACUACUCUCGUGCUGCUCAUCAUGUAUUGCCUGGAUGCUCGAAACGGAACCUACUAUUCCGAAAUCCUACAAGCCCCGACGGGAUCGUUGUACGCGAACUCUCUUCUCGCCAUGUUGAACGUCAGAAACCAUCUUGGGCGAGCGGAGGUCAACGAAUCCGCGCUGCUACCUCUUCGACUGCGGCGCUCGUGACAUGUCACUGCUGAGUGCUGAGUGCUUGGCAACGUUGUCGGGAG